AUGUCGCCAUUAGAGAUGCAAAAUUAUUUGAUUAGUAGUGACGACGAAAGCAGUAGUGACGACGAAAGCAGUACUAGCACUGACGAUAGUAGUAGUAGUGACGAAGUAGACUCAUUUUUUUUGGGUGAUAUCAACGAAUUGAAGGCGGCAAUUGAGAAUAGAAUUCAUCCCCACUUUAAGGAAAUCGCUGCCGCUAUUAAAGAAAGGGAUGUUUGUAGCCUUAGUGUUGCCCUAGAUAAUUUUGAGGGAAAUAUUGACGAACAUUUAAUAGACGGAGAAACUGCUCUUCAUUAUGCAUGUAAAAAAUAUAGUCGGCCGUGUUUUAAGCCUCUACAUGAAGCAACCGUUAGUAGAAAUAUCAAUGUUAUUAGAUUAUUGCUCGAAGUUGGAGCUAGUAAUCCAGAUGGUAUAAACAUAAUGCUACAUUCGCUAGAUGUAUUCGGUGAAACGCCUCUUCAUCAAGCAGCAACAUAUGGAAACGUUAAAGUUGUACAAUUAUUGUUACAAUGUGGAGCUUCUACCAGGAUAAAAAAUGAUGAUGGAAAGAUACCAUAUGAGUUGGCUAAACCUAAUUCCGAUAUCAAAAGUCUACUUGAAAGAAAUCUUUGA